AAAUCGAUUCGAUUCCAUAGCAUGACACAAACAGCUUCGACGCCUUGCCCCCAACAUUGACGACGAUGAUCCCAAUUCCCAAUCCCAAGUCCAUCACGGCCAUCCAUCAUACCUGUAUCAUUUCAAUAGUUGCCUGCAGCGAUGAACUUCCCGAGGAGCACGCCACGAUCUCUCCUCUUCGUAUCUUCGGAGAGAAUAUCUUUUCGGAUCUUCUGCAAUCAUGACCGCAAUUUCAAGAGGAUUGGAGGCGUCGUUCGCCAUUACCACCAACGCCAGAGGCCCAGACUCCCUUUCUGGAAGAAGGAACCGCUGUCUGUAUUAGUACAACCGUGGAGUCACCAGUAUGGGCAUCUUCGUCGUGAUUUGAGCACUGAGAAGGACAAACAAAAUCCUAGCAGCAGCAGCAUCCGCAGCAAGAAGGGAACAAAUGAAGAUCAACUGGACAAGACGGAAGACUCCCCACACCAUGAUGGCAUGCACUUUUGGUCCAAUUGGAUUCGUGAACUCCAAUCACCACCCAACAUUAUCACAACAACUCGCAUUCUCUGUACUCCCGUGCUCUCGUACUGGGUCAUUACGGGGCAUCAUGAAUGGGCCGUCGUGGGGUGUAUAGUGGCAGCGGCAUCCGACUAUGUGGAUGGGUAUCUCGCCAAGAAUUAUGGCAUGUCCACAGUACUGGGAGCUUUUCUGGAUCCCAUGGCGGAUAAAGUCUUUAUCAAUGUACUAGCAGGAUCCUUGUGGUACACGGGCGUCUUGCCAACGCCGCUGGUGGCCUUGUGGUUGGCACGAGAUCUGGCUCUCAUUGUGGGAUGUGCAUCCUACGUGAGGUAUCAUUCCGAAAACUCCGCCCAUGCCUUUGAUCCAUCCGUGACACCCCUCAAAGUCAAUCCAACCCUACUAAGUAAAGCCAACACAGCAUUGCAAUUCACAACCGUCGGAAUGGGCAUUGUGUAUCCCUUGGGAGUCAUUGCUGACCCGGUACUGACGGGCGUGUGUUAUGCGACAGGUAUGACGACGCUUGGAUCUGGAAUUCAAUACGUUCUAUACUCUGCGUUUGAAGACAGUGGCAAUGAAGAAAAGAAUCAAAGUAGCAACAGUGGUGAGGGCUCCACUUCCGCAACAAUCAACAACGAUAGUAGCAGUGCGGACGACAAGAAAAAGCAAUAAAAAUAGCUGGCUCUUCCUAGAAGAGGGAAGAUCUAAACUCAUGUUGGGUUGCUUUAUGAACUUUCAGCUGCUGUAAUGUACUAGUAUGUAGUCUACCUUGCUGGCUAGCUAGCCGACCAUGUGAAAG